CUUGUUUGCUGUUAUAAGCGGAGAACUUUCAAAACGCGACAUAUGUAGGCACUCGUAAACAAAUGGUUAAGGGGAUUGCUGUCCUUUUUGAAUAUGAAACGCCAAAACUUGUACAGAUUUCCAACAUUAGAAUUGGAGUUACUCAACGCCUACUUCAAUUGGUUAUUCUUAUAUAUGUCGUUUGCUGGGUUAUGAUUUAUGAGAAGGGAUAUCAAGAGAAUGAUAUAGCUAAAAGUGCAGUCACGACUAAAGUAAAAGGUGUCGGCUUUACAAACUUUUCGCAUAUCCCGGGGAUCGGGAUACGGAGUUGGGACGUGGCGGAUUAUAUAGUACCACCUUUGGAAAAUAAUGCACUGUUUGUGAUCACCAACUUGGUUAAAACUGAACGUCAGUCACUUUCCAAGUGCCCAGAGAGUUCAUGGGUCCCCGAGGCAGCUUGUUAUAAAGACUCAGACUGUAAACCCUACUUUAUUACCCAUCUUGGCAAUGGUGCUCAUACAGGCAAAUGUAUCAUUAAACCAGGGAAUGAUAUUGGAUCAUGUGAAAUAUAUUCUUGGUGUCCAUUAGAAAAUGAUACUUUACCGCUUGGUAAAAAAUCAUAUUUAUUCCCAAUGGUUUAUAAUUACACACUACUUAUCAAAAAUGAUAUAAAUUUUGAAAAAUUCGGUAUACAUCGACGAAACAUUCAAAAUUGGGCAUCCAAAAAAUUUCUUCGUACAUGUUUAUACAAUAAAACUGAUCCAGAAAAUCGAUUUUGUCCAAUAUUUCAGUUUGGUACUAUAUUUGAAGAAGCUAAUGUAGACCAAUCAAUAUUUAUUAGUGGGGGUGUAAUCGGGAUUGAUAUCGAUUGGAAAUGUGAUCUUGAUUGGGAUGUUCAAUAUUGUAAUCCAACUUAUUCAUUUCGACGAUUAGAUGAUGCGAAUGCUAAAAUAGCUUCAGGAUUUAAUUUUCGUUAUGCUCAUUUUUACAGUGAAAAUGGAACCAACUAUCGAGAUUUGAUAAAAGCUUAUGGUAUAAGAUUUGUUAUUCAUGUUAGCGGUGAAGCUGGUAAAUUUCAUCUUCUCCCAUUGACAAUGAAUAUUGGUUCAGGUUUAGCUUUACUCGGUUUGGCGCCAACUGUCUGUGACAUAAUCGCAUUAAAUCUUUUAAGAUCAAGAGAUAUUUAUCAACGUGCAAAAUUUGAAACAAUCGCUGAAGAACAAGCUCAUUUAUCUAGUCGUCGUGCUGAUAAAGCACAACGUAAAAAAUAUGGUUUAUCUAAACGGAAUACAGAUACAGUAAAUGAAAAUUCAGAUGAAAAUGAUAAAAUUAUACAAUGGAAAGAUGAUCAAGAAUUUAUAGUAAAUGAUACACAAACUAUACAUUCAUCAACGUAAUCAUUGAAUAAUUGUAAAUUCAAAUGGAAAUGGUACGUUUUUUUUUGUUGUUGUUGUCUUUUCUCUCUAAAAUGGUUUCACUCAUCUUACAUGAAACUGUUGAAACAUUAAAAGACAAUGUAUUCGAAGCUAUGAAGUAUAUAUACAUAUAUAUAAGAUAGGAUCAUUUCCUUCAAUCUUCAUUCAUAUCUUUUUAAUUGUUAUUCACUCGUACAUAUUUGACGUUAGUUCAAAUUAUAUCUUAACUUCUUUAACUAUUGGUAGUUAUGCUUUUGGCUUUUUAAAACUUCCAAUGUGAUACAUGACAAUCGUUUACAUUUUUAAUAUCUACAUUCAUAUUUGUUUACAAACUAUUACUAACAUAAAGCAAAAGGAUUAACAUACAUGAAAAGUUAUAUCAUACUUCUAGAUCUGUUGUAAAUUCUUACAAAUUUUCAUUAAUUAUUGUCAUUUGUCUGCUUUGAAUGUGUUCCCUUUUGUUUUGUCUUGUUCUUUUGUUUUUCUUUUCUGUUUUGUAUUCAACAAUUUCUAUUCGGUUAUCUGUUUUCAUUUAUAAUAAAUUAAUAUAUUUCAUUCCUGUUAGAAAUUAUUUGUUGAAAAUGAACAACAUUGCAUUUCCCUCAGCAACCACCAUCCACCCCCACACACCCCCCAAAAAAACACAACGAAAACCAAAAUGGAUCCAUUUCAUCAGAAUGUGAAAAUAUUCAAAUAUCAAUUGGUUACUAUCAUCUUAAGAAAUGAUGUCCAUUUAGCGAGCGGAAAAAUGGAUUUUGAAAACAACCAGUAUUUUCACAUUUAUAUAUUUGAAUUUAAAGUUAAUGAGAAACUUUUUUUCUUCAAUGAUAAACCAAUAAAUUGGAACUAUUCAUUUGGAAUUUUUACCAUGUUCACUUUGAUGUAACUUUAUUCUGUAUGUUUGGUGAAAGAAUAUAAUUUGUGUUUUUUUCUCUCUCUCUCUUAAUUCCUUAGUCUUUUUUUAUUAUAAAAUUAUGUUACAAACAUUAUCUAUGAUAAUCUUAAUGUAUUAUGCAUUUGUCAAAAGUACACAUCUGUGAAUUAUUAUAAGUAUAUAUACAUAGUCUAAAUCAUGAAAUAAUCUUAGCUAGAACACUACUGAAAACUUGAAAACUUUGGACGGACGUUUCAUCCUCGUAUGAGACUCUUAAAAAGUGAACAUCCAGGAAUCUACCAAGGGGAAUCGAACCUAGAACUUUCGGUCUGUCAUGCAAAUGUUUGACCUUUGGACCACUAAUCUGAUAUCUGAUGUUGUGAGUGUCCAGCUUAAAUCAACUCAUGAUAUUGCACAACCUUCAUCUAUCGUUUACAGUAAAUAACAAUAUCACACCUGAUAUGGUUGAACUCUAUUGGUCACAGCUUCGUACUAGAUUUCCUGGAGUUGCAUCUUGAAACUAGUGAGCACAUGAUUAUUUUGAGUAUUUAUGUAUAUGUUACGUGUUUUCUAUAUAUAAUUCCUAUUCGAAAAAGAA